UGGAGGGCGAUGAGCGAGGAAACGAGAUGAGCGGCUUGGAGUUGGCUGUUGUAGCGGCCAUUGACAAAGGAGCGGUGCCGGCAGGAUAAGGCGGAAUUUCAGUCUCUCCAGUGCAUAACCAGGAAUAAAAAUAACAUAAACAAGAGGCCUAAUUUCCAGCUGAGUGGUUUCUUAAGUUGCUGUUUAGCGGCUGUAAGGUAAAAGAGUGACUAUGGAACGCCUGUAUCCUGGCAAACUGAGACGGUUGGGUUACAAGUUUGUGAAGACUGUACAUUAUUCCAGAUGAUCUACUGGAUUAAACGCCUGAUUAGAAUGAUGUGUGAACAACUUGGACUGACUAUGGAAUCGUUGCUGUGGUCAAAUAAACCUUAUGGUCCCUCUAGAAGUAUUGUACGGAAAAUCGGCACCAACCUCUCUGUGAUACAGUGCCCGAGAGUUCGGUUUCAGCUUACUUCUCAGUCUGCAGAAGGCAGUAUUCCUACACAGUUUAGAGAGGAUGGAGUAGUCUCCUUUGCAGAUGUGGGAUGGAUUGCAGAAGAAGAAGGUGAAGUCUCUACACGGCUCAGAUCAGAAGUCUGGUCAAAGUCCCAACAAUCUUCUAGAGAUGAAGGCUGCCCAGGAAGAGCCCCAAGUAGUCAAGUAUCUUUGCCAAAGCAGUCACAAGAGAACCCAGAUUCCGACACUGCAGCAACCACAAAUGAUGAAGCUUUGCAGAAAAUCAGUGUGUUAGAAAAUGAACUUGCCACUUUAAGAGCACAAAUAGCCAAAAUUGUAAGCUUGCAAGAACAGCAGAAUCUGACAGCAGCUGGAAUAAGUUCUGUUGCAUCAGCUCCCCUCCCAGUAGGAGGGCCAGUGCCACCGCCACCUCCGCCGCCGCCACUGCCGCCACCUCCACUAUUCCAACGGAGCAGCUCGACCAUUGAGCUUAUUAAGGAGCGCAGAGGGAAAAGAGUAAAUUCAGGACAGACUUCAGUAGAUAACAAUCCAAAGAAGCCCGAAAUACCAAACAUGCUAGAAAUCCUCAAAGAUAUGAACAGUGUAAAACUGCGGUCAGUUAAAAGACCAGAUGAAAAUACAAAGAGAAAAACUGUUGACCCAGCAGAUCCUGCAGCACUAAUAGCUGAAGCUCUUAAAAAGAAAUUUGCUUAUCGAUACCGAACUGAUAGCCAAAAUGAUGCUGAAAAACAGACCCCACCAUCAGAAACCAAGCUGUUUGGACCACACAUGCUGAAGACCACAGGAAAAAUGAAGACUCUGGUUGAAAAUCAUUAAAUGUUAGCGCACACAGAUUUCUGUAAAAAGAGACUUUUUUUUCAACUCUGCUGCUGAGUUAUUCAAUAUUUAACUUCUUGGGGCCUGGAUUGAAAUAUGCUGCUGACUUUCUUUAAAAAUGCAGAGCUUUUAUUGUGGUAAAGGUACCUUUUAAAUACAGAAGGUUCCAUAUGGUAUUAGGUAGUUAGCACUAUUUUUAUCUAUAUGAAUAUUUUAUAAGCAUGACUGACACCUUUAAGCAUCUUGUGUGAAGAGAACAAUGGUAAUUAAAUAGCUUAAGUUAUUUUACUCCAGUGUAUUAAGCUGGAAUAACAAUGGGAGUUGUAAAUACUGCUCUACUUAGUUUGGACAUCUCAUUUUGACAUCUAUUACGUUAGAAUCCAAUCUUGUGCUGUAUUCACAGACCCUGUAAUUCAAGCACAAAGACUUUGCUGAAGUUACUAUGCCUCUGGCCAUACACUGUGAAGGAAAUAUAUUAUUUACCUUAUUUAUUAGUCAGCAAUUCAACAAUUAUCAUUCCUUAUCCAAAGAGCUUUCAUUGAAGUAGCUGUUUUACUGCUGCAGUGGCAACAUAUUUAGUGGUACUAUAAUAGCCAGAAGUUGAACUACCUUUUUAAAAUGGGUCUAAACACUGUAAUUGUGUCCUCAAGAGACAGGAAAGUUAUGCGGAUAUAAAAGACUGGGAAUGUUGCACAGUCUAUAUUGGCAAGUCUAAGAAACUAGAGCAGUUGGUCUGGUUUUGCCAAUUACCUUCAGUGUUUUGCUGGGUUACCUGACAGAGGUAACAAGGAACUAGGCAUACCUUUUGCACUAGUCAGUUGUCAUCUGAAAUGUCCAUGUUGACUCCUUGGCUAAUACCAGGCCACAGACUGCUCACUGCUAUCUCCAUGACAGUUUGGGUCAAUAUGGAUUAGCAUUUGUUACAGUCAGCAGUAGAGCAAAUAGGCCCAUCCACAGGCUUUUGAAUACUAUUAAUUGAAAAGAGCUUCACUCUGGAAGAAGAUGGAUACAGUUGUUUCUGUAAUUAUAGUUUUCUUAAAUGCAGCACAGUUUAGUGUCUCCUAGCAUUUCACUGCGUACUUGAACAUCAGUUGUAGUACAGACUCUAGUAAUUAUCAAGAGUCUUACUAAAAGAAAACUUAGCCUAAGUGUGAUCAGAGACUGUAGUAUCUAUAAUGUUUAACCCUUUUAAGACUGAAAGGUUUUUUAUAGGACAAAAGUUAAUUUUAUGGAUUUCUUUUAACCUGCCCUCUUUCAAAAUGUAUUAAGGUGCUUUAAAGUCAAUGGUUGUCCUCCAAAGACAUUAGCAUUUGGUUCUGUAUCACCAUAUACAAAAUUAAAAGCAGUAAGUAGUA